CUACUUUUCAUAAACAAAAGGAUUAAAAAACAGGGUUAGGUUACAUGACUGUGAAGGCAACCCUUUAAGAUGCCUAAUUCUGGGGGGAUUAUUUUAAUUCAUCGAGAAAAAUACGAAAAACGUGUCUGCUGAAUAACUUCAAUAUAUAUAUAUUUUUAUUUUUUAUUAUUUUUUAUUAUUAUAUAAUUGAUUUGCUUAAUUUAAAACGUAAUUAAAUCAGAGAACGUCCAAGCACUUGGGGGUUAAAAACCGACACAGCUGCAACAUGUAGGUCAUGUUCUGGGACGUGUAACUUGAACCUUUAAAUUGUAUUGCAUCGUUCCAGCUCACAGUACCUUUAUAACCAACACAGCGGUGUCCCCUAGCGGUCAUCCAACAGAACUGCACCACGAAUAUUGUUUAUAACCUGAACCACGGCACCCCCAGCGGCCAUCUGACUGAACCACACCAGUAAUGUGGUUCAUAUUAGCCACUCCCACAGGCUUUCCUCAAUCGCGUCCCGUGACCUCCGUGCUCUCGUCUCAUUGGUCGGCUUAGCUGUCCGUCCCCCGGGUUGACGGAACCGUAAAACCCCCACAAUACAAAGAUGGAGGACAACAUGUCUCAUCUGAGCCGACCGCAGAUGUUCUUGUUCGGUUGCACCCUCCGGUCGGACAAGAAGGAGUUCCGCGUGGAGGCGGAGGACGAGGACACGGAGCACCAGCUGUCACUCAAAGCGGUGUGUCUGGGGGCGGAGGCUGACGACGUGCCCCACACAGUGGAGUUGGAGGGGCUGACCUUCGACGGCAAGAAGACCAAAGUCCCUCUGGUGGUCCUGAAGCCCUCUGUCCUGCCCUCGGUGAGCCUUGGUGGGUUCGAGGUCACGCCCCCAGUCGUGUUCCGGCUGCAGUCGGGCUCAGGCCCCGUCCACAUCAGUGGACAGCACUUUGUGAUUGUAAAGGAAUCUGAUGACGAGGACGAGGAGGAGAACAACUCGUCGCCUGUGAAGAGGCCUUCCUCGCUGUCAUCUAGGAAACAGCCAACCUCCUCGAAAAAACUGAAGAUGGAGUCUGAUGAGGAUGAUGAUGAAGAAGACAGUGAUGAAGAUGAAGACGAUGAUGAUGAGGACGAUGAUGACAGUGAUGAAGAAGAGGUGAAGGUGCAGAAGACCCCAGUGAAGCCUCCAAAAAAGAACCAGGGGACACCCGUCAACAAGACCAAGAGCCCGGCCAAUCAGAACGUCUCCCAGGGGAAACCAGGAAGUGUGCUGGUCAAAGCCCAGAGCAAGCCUCCCACCCCAGUGAAGGCCGGCGCCGCGGGGCCGUCCAAACCGGGGCUCGCCGAGAUCAAGAACAAGCUGGCCGCCGCCAUCAGAGAGGGGAAGGCCAUGCCCAAGACGGAGCAGAAGUUUGAGAACUUUGCCAAGAGUUCCUUCAGACUGUCGGACGCUACGGUGGUCAAGGACCUGUGGAGUUUCGUCCAGACACUGAAGGGGAAGAAGUAACCGGAGUCCAUCUUUGUGUUUUUCUUUUUAAAUAACGUUUGUUUUGGGUGCCCUUUAAAGGCGCAGUCUGUAUGCUCUCCUCUGCUUUAAAGGGCCCCUGUCUAAUUAACCUGGUGGGGGGACCCGCCCACCUGGUGGGGGGACACGCCCACCUGUGAAGUCACCAGGGCCCCUUUAAGUCUGCUCAGAGUUAAGAGGUGAACUCCUUUACUCUGGUCAGCCGUGCAAUAGGAGAUAUUGCAGAAUGUGCCUUUAAACGACUACUGCAGACUACUUCAGUAUCAGGGAACCCCAUGUUUUUAAUGUUAUGUUAAUGUUUGAAUACGCAGAUAUUCUAACUUUCCCAAGUUUGUUAUAUAUAUAUUUGUUAAAGUUCUGUUUUUCAGUACUAGUGUACUAAGGAAUUAAUGUAUCAUUUUACAUUGACUUCAUUUUCAUAAAAAAAACAAACAUGCUUUUGCAUUCUGUCCGAACAUUUCAACUUAGUGUUGCUCGCGGUCUCCUCUCCCUGAUUGGUCCGGACAGCUCGGCCCGUUGCUGCGGAAACGUACGUGUGUGUGUGUGUGUGUGUGUGUGUGUGUGUGUGUGUGUGUGUGUGUGUGUGUGUGUGUGUGUGUGUGUGUGUGUGUGUGUGUGUGUGUGUGUGUGUGUGUGUGUGUGUGUGUGUGUGUGCCCGUCCUACACACUGUACGUGUGAAGGACUUGGUCCAUGUAGGGGUCCUGCUACCU